AUGUAUAUGAACUCUUCUGGAGGGGAGAGCGGAUACUCGCUGACCUUCCUGGGAAAGAAAGUGGGCCGACAUCACUCUGUGGCUCCAGCAGGAAAACACUGUGAGUCUAAAACACAAAAACAACCUCAGACACGAGUUCAUGCGACACCUUUAAUGUAUCAUCAUGGUGGUAAAGACACCUCUGCGCUCAUAGAAAUCAGAUUUAUGCAUAUUUGGUGGAGGAGGUCAGUCUGAGGGAUUAUGGCGUGUGUGGCAGGAGGACGUUUGAGGCUCGACCAGGUUUAAGUAUUUUCGCCGCUCGGCUGCAUCUGUUGUGAAGCAGCUGUAACACAUUGUUCCUGCCAGGGUCUGGGCCGAGAUCUGAGGCCAUGAAAACUCCAGACUCUUGAGCGCACAGACAUGCCAACAGACUGAGCAUGUGCACAAAUAUCUUUACUGUCAGUGAGAGAGCGACUGUUGCUACUGAACAAAUUCAUGCCUCUACAUUUGUGCAUGUGUGUAUUCAGCUCCAUGCAUGCAGAGCUCAGCUGGUUAUAUUAAAGUGAGCCUCAUGCCUUCAUUAUGUCGCAGCGAUCUCCUCCUCCAUCUUCUGUCCAGAUGUUUUCAUUAUCUGUGAGCUGCAGAUUCACCUCCUUAACUGUUCAUCUCCACCCUCAUCCAACCAUAUUGGUUUUAUCUCCACGUAUAAAGAGUUUGUCUUUUUCUUCAGGAUCCAGGAGCUUUAUAACAAAAUCUUUAUAACCUAAAUUUAUAACAGAUUUUCAGAUUUUUUUCAUUCGCUCUAUAUUUGUCCUCAGGUGCCUGGGAGCCGACGAACAGGUCUUCAUGUCCCGAGGACUCUGUAGUGUCCUUGCGACCUGGACGGGCCCCCGUAGCAGCGCCGGUUCACGCGGAUUUACCGGGCAGUGUGUCGGAGCUGGAAGACGAGAGGCCAUGUCCAAUAAUUCACCACGCACAGUUUGACCAAAGCAAAGACAAACCAACAGGUUAGACCGACAGAUGUAUUCAUGAUAUAUUUGUAGAGAGACUAAAUGUUUAUCUAAAAAACUACAGAACAUUUAUUCAAAGGAGUUCAGCCAAGAAUCAUGUCAGCGUGGACUUUUCUAAAGGUCCACAGAAACCACAUUAUCCUCAGAAGAGCUGUGGUCCUCACAAGUGUAGAAACACACACACAUUUAUACAAACAGCAGUUUUCUUUACUCAUCCUAAAAUAAAAACUUUUCUCUGCUCUGAUGGAUAAAUAACCUCAGUGUGUUUUUUUAAUCCCUCUUUUCUCUGUAAUCUGUGACAUAAUCUCUGUCUCUCCACUAAAAGGUGUUUCUGGGAGGAAAGUCGAAGCUCGAUGA